GAAAGAAUGAGGGAGAAAGAGAGGGACUGGCUCGGGGUCAGAAGUCAGGCAGCCAUCAGCCAGACCUGGAGACAGUAGGAAAGUAAGAUACAGAAAGAAUAAAAGGUAAAAAGCCACGAGGCAAAAGGUAGACAAACAGAAACUAGUUAAGUUAAAAGAGAUAGCCAGAAACGAGCCUAAGGUGCUUGUUUUGUGGUACUGGAGAUGGAUCCCUGGGUCUUCUGUACACAAGAGAAAGUCUCUACCACCUGAACCCCCCCGUUAAGGGUUUAAAUAAAUAUAUGAAACAUAUGAAAAACUCCAGCCCAUAAGACAAUUACAACCAACUUAAAGAGAGCGGUGAAUUUGAAUGGACGUUUCUCCAAAGAAGAUGUGCAAUGUUCAGCAAGCAGCUGGAAAGUUGCCGGAUCUGAUUUGUAAUUAGAUUACUAGAGAAUAAAAGGUGUGGAGAGCAAGGGGAAAGAUGGCGAGAGGAUGGUCAAGUUGUUAGGAGGGUCAAGUUGCAAAUGCAGUCUUGAAAGGCACCGAACCUCAGUCCCUGCUCACAAGCCCCACCCAGCUCAUAAGUCUCCUUUUUCCCCUUUCCGUUUAACUCUGAAAAUCUUUCCCGCGACGCUUCUUCCCAAGGGGUCCGCCUCUUUCUUGCUCCGCAGGGAGCCUAGCAUUGACCUUGGCAAGUCAAAAGGCACCACAGCGACCUGUUAUGGAAGAGCCACAAGUUUCUCUUGCCAGAGAUAAGGAGAAUGACUCCCUUUCUAGCAAGCAAGAACUUUCUUCAAACCGCUGACGGAAUGGGGGCUUUUGUCUAAAUGCCAGAUCUUGAGAGAAAGACUUUCUUGGGCGACCGGACACGUCGGGACUAAAUAAACUCAACCGUGCUUCCUGUUUAGACCAGACUUCUUAGCCCUGAGAUUCUCAGCAGGAGCAGGGACUGCUUUUCCUUUGGGUGAGCGACAAGUCUCGGGCCGCGAAGGCUUCUGGGAAAUGUAGUCCGGAUCAAGAAAGCGGCGGACCCGUUCGGAUUCUUCUCAGUUGCAAGCAGCAGACCCGGGCUGUGAAAACCAGGCGGGAGAGAAGCCGCUGCUCCAAAGACGCUGGGCCGUCUUGGCCGGUGCAGGCCUAAGCCGAUCCCCCUGCUGGAGCGGGGCGCCCUCACCUGGGCACUCUCCGGGUUCGCUCACCGGAGGCCAGACCCACCCGGCGAGCCGCGGGGCCCUCUGGGAAGUGCUACCCAGCUUCUAACGGACCCAGCUUUCAUUUCCAGAGUUCUUCCUCUGCUGAAAAUCCUUUAGAAACUGAAAAUUGAUUGAAUGUUGGACACCUAUCAGUCACAGUUUUUGGUGCUUGGGAUCUAGUAGUGAAGAGAAGAACCAGCCCCUCAGCUACUAUGAUACUCACAUCACUGUGGACCAGAUAAUAAACAAAUCAGCUGAAGAAGACCCGGCCUGACCCAGCUGAGAGACUGGAAAGAGGUGUUAGGGGUUUGAAGAGAAAGCAAAGCAAAGCAAAACAAACCCAGAUCAGCACUGAAGCCAGCAGGAGUGAUGUGAAAGAGAACAAGGAGGCCUUGCGUUAAACUCAGCCUGCUCAAGUCGCCCCCAAAGAAGAGGAAAUGACAGAGUCCGAGGGAACCGUGACAUUCAAAGACGUGGCUAUAGAUUUCACAGCAGAAGAAUGGGAGCGAUUGGACCCUACUCAGAGGAGCCUGUACCGGAGCGUGAUGCUAGAGAACUACAGCAACCUUGUCACAGUGGGCUCUCCACUCACCAAACCUGAGGUGAUUUUCAAGUUGGAACAAGAGGAAGAACCAUGUGUGGUGGAGAAAGAAGUGUUAAAGAGAUACUGUCCAGGAGAAAUUUGGGAAGUUGAUGAGCACCAGAAAACCCAGAACAAACUCUUGAGACAAGUUUUCAAGGAAACAGUGACUGAUGAAGCCAGUGAAUGUCCUAAGAAAUUUGCAAAUACAUUUUCUCCAAAUGCAGAUUCCAUUCCUUCCAGACACAAUCUCUGUGAACAUGACUGCUUUGGAAAGUGUUUAGAACAUAAUCUUGAUGAUCAUAAUAAUGCAAAAUGCCCAAUAACAGAGGAACACUUUGAAUAUGAUGAUGCUAUGAAAUCAUUCAAUAAUAGCUCACCCUAUUUUGUAGUGACCCCCUUUAAGUGUAACCAUUGUGGAAAAGGCUUUAGUCAAACCUUGGACCUUAUUAGACACUUGAGAAUUCAUACUGGUGGGAAACUCUAUGAAUGCCACCAGUGUGGAAAAGGAUUUACCCUCAAGGAAAAACUUAUUAAUCAUCAUAAACUUCAUAGUAGGGAACAGUGUUAUGAGUGUAAUGAAUGUGGGAAAACUUUCAUUAAAAUGUCAAAUCUCAUUAGACAUCAAAGAAUUCAUACUGGAGAGAAACCGUAUACAUGCAAGGAAUGUGGGAAAUCCUUCAGCCAGAAAUCUAAUCUCAUUGAUCAUGAAAAAAUUCAUACUGGUGAGAAACCCUAUGAAUGUAAUGAAUGUGAAAAAUCCUUCAGCCAGAAACAAAGCCUCAUUGCACAUCAAAAAGUUCACACUGGGGAGAAACCGUAUGCAUGCAAUGAAUGUGGUAAAGCCUUCCCUCGAAUUGCUUCCCUUGCUCUUCAUAUGAGAAGUCAUACAGGAGAAAAACCUUAUAAAUGUGAUAAAUGUGGAAAAGCCUUUUCUCAGUUUUCCAUGCUUAUUAUACAUGUAAGAAUCCAUACAGGUGAGAAGCCCUACGAAUGCAAUGAGUGUGGAAAAGCCUUCUCUCAAAGCUCAGCACUCACUGUGCAUAUUAGAAGUCACACAGGUGAAAAACCCUAUGAAUGUAAGGAAUGUAGAAAAUCCUUCAGCCAUAAGAAAAACUUCAUUACACACCAGAAAAUUCACACUAGAGAGAAACCUUAUGGAUGUAAUGAAUGUGGAAAAGCUUUUAUUCAGAUGUCAAAUCUUGUUAGGCACCAGAGAAUUCAUACCGGAGAAAAACCUUAUAUAUGUAAGGAAUGUGGCAAAGCUUUUAGCCAGAAAUCAAAUCUCAUUGCUCAUGAAAAAAUUCAUUCUGGAGAGAAACCCUAUGAAUGUAAUGAGUGUGGGAAAGCCUUCAGCCAGAAACAAAACUUUAUUACACAUCAGAAAGUUCAUACUGGAGAGAAACCUUAUGAUUGCAAUAAAUGUGGUAAAGCCUUUUCUCAGAUUGCAUCCCUUACUCUUCAUUUGAGAAGUCACACAGGAGAAAAGCCUUAUGAAUGUGAUAAGUGUGGGAAAGCCUUCUCUCAGUGCUCAUUACUUAAUUUACAUAUGAGGAGUCACACAGGUGAGAAACCUUACGUAUGUAAUGAAUGUGGGAAAGCCUUCUCUCAAAGAACUUCCCUUAUUGUGCAUAUGAGAGGCCAUACUGGUGAGAAACCCUAUGAAUGUAACAAGUGUGGAAAAGCCUUCUCCCAAAGCUCAUCCCUCACCAUCCACAUACGAGGUCACACAGGUGAGAAGCCCUUCGACUGCAGCAAAUGUGGAAAAGCCUUCUCUCAGAUCUCAUCUCUUACUCUUCAUAUGAGGAAACACACGGGAGAAAAGCCCUAUAACUGUAUUGAGUGUGGCAAAGCUUUCAGCCAAAAGUCACACCUUGUUAGACACCAGAGAAUCCACACUCACUAGAUAUUCCAUGAACACUGUGAGUGUAGGAACUGCCUUCCAAUGAAAUGAACACCUGAUAGUACACUACAUGAUCCAUUCUAGAGCAGAAAGCUAUGAGUACAGGAAAACCUUGUGAAGAACCCACAUAUUUAUUAGAGAAUUCUCAGUGAGACCACCAAUUGUAUGAGGAAACUGACUGAGGAACUGUGAAUAAACUGAUACCUAAAUCUCAUUUCAAUCUGAAAGUAUCUGCUGAGUAUCAACAUACUUGAGCUCCUUGUAUGAAGCAAGAUAAGAAGAUAAGCAAGAUAAGAAACAACUUUUGGAGGCAAUAUGAGACUAUGAAAAAGUAGGUUUUGUACAAGAAUGUGUCAAUAAGAAAACCUAAUAAUUGGGUGACAUGUCUACAAAGUUGCAAAACUUGCUGAUGGUUACAAAAGAAUACCUGAAAAAUCAAGUUAGGAAAUUAUAAAAAUACAAGUACUGUUCCAAUUUUCUACCUCUGUUAUACUUCCACUCAAAAUUUACACAUCGGUUGUUAUGAAAUUCGUAAACUGGUUUCAGAGUAACACAGCAAGGGUAAGGACGAAAAAUAAGAACCAAACUUUUUUUUGACAAAACAAGUAGGGAAGAUGCUCACUCCUAGAUAUCAUUACAUUAUUUAAAGUUUUCCUCAUUUAAAUUCUUUUGAGUGAAUAAGCAAACUAUUGGAAAUAAAUUAAGGAUUAGCAUAGAAAUUCAAGACUUGGCCAUUUCAUGUGUGGGUAAUGCUACUGAAAUCAUUGGAAUGAGUCUAGCCUAUUCAAUAUGUAUAAAAUUUAUAUGACCCAAACAUGUUACCCCCUCAACCAUACAAAUAUGACUCAGCUCAUAGGGUGCUUGCUGCCAAGCCUGACCCCUGACUUUGAUCCCCAGAAUCCACAUGGUAGAAGGAGAGAACUGACUCCCAUAGUUGUCUCAUGACCUCUAAUGGCAUACCAUGUCAUGCAUGUCCACACACAUACAUACACACACAGACACACAUACACACAAAUAAUCCAAAUAGAUAAAAUCCGAAAACUAUGAUAGAAAUUAAGCAGAAUAUGUCACUUUAGAUUAAGAGUAUUAAAAAUAACCCCACAAAGAUGGAAUAGUCUAUUUUCUUUUAGUGUGUAACCCAUGUAUGUAUGCAAAGAGAAAUGUAUCAGUAUGUUCCCAGAGUCAUGGUUUGUUUUGCUCUGAAUUGUAACAUUUCCAUCAGCAAAUAGAUCGGUAUGUUUAUUUCUAUGAUAGGAUACUAUGCUGUAAAAUAUACAAAAUUCACAUGUGAUUACAUGGAUAGGCCACAAUAUUUUGAGAGGAAAGAGUAAAAUACACAAUAAAUAAUGGUAUAAUAUUUAUAACUUAAUAAACUAGUUCAAAGAACAGUAAGGAUAUUAUUCAUGAUCCAUUUAUGGUAUUAGUUGCCUUUGAGGAUGUAGAAGGGUUUUGCGGGAGUUGUUACAUUGAUCUGUAAUACUUCUUUAAUAAAAGGAUGAAAGCGAA